AAAAAUCAACAAACCAGAAGAAAACUCAAACUUGAUCUGUAACUCAUCAAUAUACACCUGCAUACAAAUAAUUAAUUCAAUAUCUCAAGGACUUUAGAAAAAAAGUCUGGAAAACUGGGUGUUGCGGAAGGACAGAAGGAUGGACAAGGGUAAAACUAUGUAGUGGUCAGUCGGGUUCGAUCGCUGGUGGCCAGAUAGCUCAGUUGGUAGAGCACCUGACUAGAGAUUCAGGGGGCCCAGGUUCGAAUUCCGGUCUGGGGACAUGCUGGAUGAACCGACAGCAAUAGUAGAGGGCUAUAACUCAUACUUCUCAUUCUCAAAGAAGCGAAGUGGAUAUUCUGGUGUGGCAACAUUUUGUAAAUCUUCAGCAACACCCAUACAAGCAGAGGAAGGUUUGUAUAAAGACCUUAACCCAAAACAAGAUGGAAAAUUAGGUCACUAUGGUGAUGUGAGUGAAUUUUCCUGUAAUGAGCUAGAGGCUUUGGAUGCAGAGGGGAGGGCAGUCAUUACCAAACAUAAAAUCAGGAAACAUGAUGGGCAAGAGGCAGAGUUAGCCAUUAUCAAUGUGUACUGUCCUCGUGCAGAUCCAGAGAGAGAGGACAGACUGCUCUACAAAUUGCGAUUCUUUGCACUUCUGCAGACCAGAGCAGAGACACUUUUGAAAAGUGGCUGUAAUGUUAUUGUUCUUGGAGACAUGAAUGUCAAACACAAGAGAAUUGACAGGAGUGAGGAAGAUGAAAAUGAAACAGUUACAAAGCCAAGUCGGCUGUGGUUGAACCAGUUUGUGUGGGACAGUGACAAAGAUUCCAGUAUACCGGACAUUGACAACAAGGAAGAAUUUGCAGGAACCACCAGCUCUGUGACCGGUGGUCAAUUUGCAGAUUCCUUUCGGUAUUUUUAUCCUGAUGAGGAAGGGGCCUUCACAAACUGGUGCACGUUGACUUCAGCUAGGGAAACAAACUAUGGCAGACGCCUCGAUUACAUCUUCACAAAUGUAGAAUUGGCAAAAAGUGAUCUACAAGACUGCAAGAUCAUGGCAGAAGUGGAAGGAUCGGAUCAUUGCCCUGUUAAAGCCGAGUACGUCAUUGAAUGUAUACCUGCUGAUAGGUCUCCUGCCUUGUGUACAAAAUUCAUGCCUGAAUUUUGUGGAAAGCAAGUCAAGCUCUCAUCAUUUUUCAAAAAGAGAGAAAAAGUAAUGGACAACAGUGAUAUCAAGUCUAAUUGUAACCAAAAUUACACAUUAUCUGCUGAUAAUAAUAAUGGGAAAUGUUCAUUAAAGAGACCAAGUAGUAUUGAAAAGAUCCAAAAUCAGGCCAAGAAAAAGAAAGUGAAUUCCUGUGACACAAAACAAGGGAGCCUGAAAGGAUUUUUUCUUAAGUCAAGUUCAAAAAAAGAAGUUAUAGAAGCCGACAUUCAAGAAGCCAGCAGUGAUACAAAGAAUGAAUUACACACAACAAAGAAAGAGGAUAAGGUAGUGAAUACUGUAACUGUUAAAAGUAGCUCAGCAAAUGCCUGGAAAAGUCUCCUCAAAGGACCCCCUCCCCCUCCACUCUGUCGAGGUCACCAGCAGCCCUGUGUGUUACGGACUGUUAAAAAGCCAGGGCCCACUAAAGGGAAGCAGUUUUUUGUGUGUGCUAGAGGGGAGGGCCUUAGCAGCAACCCUGAAGCAAGAUGUGACUUCUUUAAAUGGGUGGACUACAAAAACAAUUGAACAAAUUUCCAUAUGUAUGCAUAUUGUUUUCCAGUUGUAUUUCUGAAUUUAGGAUAUAAAGAUGAGCUUUUAAAA